AUGCCCGUGGACCUGGCCGUGCGGCUCUGCCUGAGCCAUUCGCCCCCCAUCUGCAAGCUGCUGAGCUCCUACGAGGAGCUGCGGGGCAGCCGGGGGCGCAAACCCCUCCGGUCCUGUCUCAACCAGAAGCUGAACACAGAGCCUGAGCCCGAGCGGCGAGACAGCACCAGGAGCUCCAAGGGCCAGAAGAAGAAGAAGGUCGUGUUUGCUGACAUGAAGGGGCUCUCACUGACAGCUGUCCACUUCUUCUCAAAGAUUGAGGAGGAAUUCUGUGACCUGCAGCACGCCCUGUCUGACCUUGCCCACUUCCGACCGAGGCUGCGCGACCCGCGCGCACAAGUGUGCAGGUACAUCCUGGACUUCCCACAGCCCUCCGCAGACUACAUGACAUUCCGCAGCCGCCUGCACAGCAACCUCGUCUGCCUGGAGAACUGCCUGAUCCAGGACCGUGCCCUCUCAGGGACAGUGAAGGUCAGAAACAUCGAGUACGAGAAGAAAGUGAUGGUCCGCAUCACCUUCGAUGGCUGGAAGAGCUUCCGGGAUAUUUCCUGCCAGUACAUGCACAGCACAUAUGGCUCAGCUGACACAGACACCUUCUCCUUUGAGCUUGCCCUGCCCAACUCAUCCAUCUCCUGUAGGGCUGCAGAGUUCUGCAUCUCCUUCCAGUGUGGACAGAAGACCCACUGGGACAACAACCAGGGGAGGAACUACACGAUCUGCCAUUUGGGCAUGAUCCGCCGUCCUUCCCAUGCUGUGCAGCGUGGCAGUGGGGCCUGGGAGCACCUUGGCACUUCCCGGGCUGCUGCCCUGGUCCUUUCUCAGCUGCAGACCUGGCGGCGCUCCGAGAUGCAGGCCCCUUAUUGGUAGGAGAGCAGCCUCGGGGGAGAUGUGGGUCCUGUCCACGUCCUGGCUGCGGUACAGGGGUCUUUGGGGAGACAAAAGAAGACACUGCUCUGUUUUAUUAACUCCUCUGUGUCUGGUCCAACACCGGUUUUGCGGGAGCUACUUCCCUGCUGGCUCCUGCUGUGGAGCUGUCCCUGGUGCGAGCCCCGCCCUCGGGCCCGGGGCAGGGAGCGGAGAGGAACGGCUGGGCCCGGAAACCGUGUCCUGCUCUGUCUGCCGCUCCGGGCUGCCCAAGUGCCUUGCGUGGCGCGGCUGGGGAGGGGGCGCGCACCUCUCGGCGCCGGGGCCCGGCAGAACCCGGGCUGUCACCGGCGGGGUCCCGCUCCCGGGUGGGGUGUCACCGCUCGGGGCGGCGGGGAUCGCCGCCGGUGGUUGUUGCUGUACCGGGAGUCCAUUAAUAAAGUGUCGCGAUCCGCGAGUCC